GGCUACGUCCCGCUCCUGUAAACAGACCAAAGCCACCCAAGAAAGACAUGGCUUACUUUGCAUAAUUAUGUCAUGUCAUGACCUCCUCACUAAAGUAUACAAGCUCUUUUCCGGGAAGAAACAUAAGCUAAAAGUAGACAAAUCCAAUGACGUAGCCGAUCACCCCAUUAUGGGAUGUUCCAGAAUUGAUAAGAUAGGGGCAAUUCUUUUUGUAUGUCCACCACCAACAAAUAUAAAUUUUUACUUAAAAAGAAAUAAGAAAAGAAAAGAAAAUCAAUAUUGCAGACCUAAUAAUUGUAGACCUACUACCUCCAGCCGUCUCCACCCCAUGCGAUCGAUUUGGUAACUUGUAACAUCGAAUAACACACGACAGAGGCGAUUACAUAUUGGGGCUGAGGGGUAUCUAAUAUGAAACACAGACAUAUAUCGAAUACUGUAUAAUAAUACCGGUUUACAAAAGACGCCCAAUGAGAUUCAGAAAUGUAAUGAACUCUCCCACAAAGGCGUGGUUAAAUAUGGCAAUUGCUAGUCUGCCGUUAGUCUGCAGCAGAUAUAUCGGGCUAGGAAGUUGUUUAGUGGCGUGUCGGUAUAUGCGUUUGUGUUUGUGCGUGUUUUACAAAUAGUCGGACUAUCUUAUCUUGUUACCAUAAUGAUUUGUUGAAUUAAUAGAUUAUUUAACAUUUUUAUUUACGCUAUAAGUGUUUGACAAGCUAUCUUAGGAUAUAUAUUGAAGAUUUAUACGACGACAGACAUUUUCACUGUUUAGCUGACCACGUGAUGCUAUGGGAUUCACCUCAAUGGAAAACACCUCUUAUUUCUCACAGCAGAUAAGUGGAUACAGCGUUUGAACUCGUGAAACUACAUUUCUCAAGACUUGGGGAAUUCGAUUACCUCUACACCAAGAGUUUAAUUAUUUCCAACUGGCAGUUUAUGUGUCAAUGAAAACGUAUAGCAUCCUCCGUAUUAGGAAAUUGCCGAUUCCUAAUAAUGACAUACUGAGUAUACGGUCAAACGGAAAACACAGAAGAUACAUCGGCAAAUCGUCCUUCCUGGGUGUUCCAUCAACGUCUGUGUGCUUUUACAUGUGCAUGGUUAAAGUCAAUUCGGUGUAAAUUGUUUUGGAAAACAUAUACAUACAACAUGUCCGAUUAUAUUUAUGACUUGGACAUACAAAUGCAGAGGGUCGCAACCUUUUCCACGUGCCCAGACUUGGGACAGCGACGACCAAUCAAUCUCGCUAAAACGGGGUUGCAUUACGACCCGGUCAGCAACAAGGUCCGAUGCCACGUGUGUCACGAGGGAAUCGAUCUUCCUCCAGACAGCCACCCAGAACUUAGAGACACUGACGUCCAUGGAUACAUAUCUCCAAACUGUCCAUUUGUGGUCGGCACUUACAGCAACAAUGUGCCUGUUGCUGAGUACAGCCAGGAGGAGUCUUUGUGGAUUACAGAAAGGCUGAGGCAAUACCAGUUGCAAGUCCAAGAACGAGAUGGGACGUCUAGCAUGACGCUUCAGAACUCGACUCCCUGGACUCCGAUUGACGCAAACCUACAGGUCACCGAUCAGCUGCUACCGAGUCCUACAUCAACACCGUGGACACCGACUGACGCAGAUGGACACUGCAGCAGACUACAAGACAACCUACAGGUCACCAAUCAGCUGCUACCGAGUCCUACAUCGACACCCUGGACACCGACUGACGCAGAUGGACACUGCAGCAGACUACAAGACAACCUACAGGUCACCGAUCAGCUGCUACCGAGUCCUACAUCGACACCAACUGAGACGUACCAAGACGUGCUGGAGCCCCAGCUGAACCCAAUCGAUAGUGGAUUUAGACUGGAAGGACGCCAUGUUCUCGUUGUAUCGUAAGCCGACUUAAAGUUACAUUAUCUGGUUACCAUAUUAUAACAUCAUGUACAAAUGUGAAAUACAAGCUCAAAUGCACUUUUAAAAAAGUCGUGUGUAUUCGCUAUGAACGGAUAUCGUCAAACGUAUACGCUU